AUGGGUGGCACCGAUGCCAGCAGAGAUGAUCCUGAGUCGAUUCAGCACGCCUCAACAAAGCCCGCAGAUGAGACCGAUGGUAGCGAAGACGGCGGCAAUGGCCAAGACACAGUCGAGAAUCACGACGGAGAAGAGGGCGAUGAGGAAGAGGACGACGACGACGAUGACGACGACGACGACGAAAACGAUCACGGUGACGCAUUUGGUGACCAUGAUGACGGCGACCCUUUCGGCGCGUUUGGAGCUGCAGGAUUAUCCAGUACUCUGCGUGCUCUGACGGGAAUGAUGUCUGGCCUCACUGCCCGUUUGCGUGAGCUUCUCAACAACCUUCGGGAAGAUGACCUCUCUCUUCAGGUCAUUGCCUUGCAAGAGCUCUCUGAACUUUUAUUGGUUUCCAACGAAGACAAUCUUGCGGGGCACUUCUCUCCCGAUGCUUUUGUAAGAGAGCUAGUUCAACUGAUGAACAAGGAGGAGAGCCCAGAAGUGAUGCUCCUUGCUUGCCGUUGUCUGGCAAAUCUGAUGGAAGCUUUACCUGCGAGUGUGGCGAAUGUCGUCUAUGGAAACGCUGUGCCAGUGCUGUGCUCCAAGCUUCUGGAAAUAUCUUUUAUCGACUUGGCUGAGCAGUCGCUCAGUACUUUGGAAAAAAUAUCUGUUGAAUAUCCUUCCAGCAUAGUCCGUGAAGGCGGUCUCACAGCUUGUCUGUCAUACCUCGACUUCUUUGCCACGAGCACUCAAAGAACUGCAGUCACAAUUGCGGCCAACUGUUGCAGAAAUAUCCCUGACGAUUCAUUUCCAGUCGUCCGAGAUGUCAUGCCGAUUCUUCUCAACGUUUUAAGCAGCAACGACCAGCGAGUUGUUGAGCAAGCUUCGCUCUGUGUCUCUGGCAUCGUCGAGAGUUUUAAACACCAGGCUACAAAGCUCGAAGAGCUUGUAAGCGUCGAUUUGCUACGUGCCGUCUUGCGCUUGCUGGUGCCUGGAACGACGAACCUUAUUGGGUCUAGCAUCCACACCCAGUUCUUGCGUGUUUUGGCCUUCACUGCCCGAGCAAGCCCUCGGCUAUCUGCAGAGCUCUUCAAGCUCCACGUUGUUGAGACUCUUUACCAGAUUUUGACUGGUGUUUCUCCGCCGAGUGGCACGGAAGACGUUGCCUCCAAGCUCGACAGCGUCGUUAUAAUGCAAGCCCUGAUCCACCGGCCACGCGAGCAAAUUAUUGAAACCCUCAACGUCAUUUGCGAGUUGCUUCCUGGACUGCCCAAGGACGCCGAUCCAAUGUAUGGUGACUUUGUCGAGUUCAACGGUCAGAAUCCAGAACCUACCUCGGCUGUCGGCGAUACUCGCCAAUCUCCUGCCGAAAAGCGCCUAUCACUCCUCGACGGCUGCAAAGACGAAGUUCGACGGUUUGCUUUGAUCAUCUUUCCAACCCUUACAGACGUUUUCUCAAGCACGGUCAACCUGAGCGUUCGCCAAAAGGUUCUCCAAGCACAGAUCAAGAUGCUCUCCAAUCUUGACGAGAAGAUUCUUGAAGAGUCCCUUGUCCCGGUACCCUAUGCUUCAUUCCUCGCCUCUAUUCUUUCUCAACAGGAUCAUCCUAGUCUUGUCAUGCUUGGCUUGCAGGCUACAGAGCUUCUCCUCAGCCGCCUUGACAGAAUAUAUCGCUAUCAACUCUACAGAGAGGGCGUCGUCCUCGAAAUCGAAAAACUGUCGACCCAAGUCCCCGAAGAGUCCGCGCAUGAUCUUGCCAAGAAGGGUGACGACGACGGCGGGGAGAACUCACCUACAUCAGAAGACGAGGACGAGGACGAGGACCAUGAUGACGAGGAAGGCGAAGGCAAUCACGGUGAGGAAACCGCUCAGGCCGAGCAAGUCCGCGACGAGCCCGAGACAGCCGAACCCGAGGAUGAGGAGGACGAAGAUCACAACAACCAAGAUCAAGACGAAAACGUUGGUGAUGAGUCUCCCGUUAGCUCCAGCUCGUCAUCCGCCUCGGAGCCAGCUGAACCUCCACGCAGAUAUCUUGCAAAUACUCGAGGUACAAAGGCUCACAUCUGCCAAGUCGCAAAAAAGUUUUUAGAGUCUCAUGAGAAUGAAGACCACAGUCGUGAUAUGAAGGCCAAAGCGAGCCUCAUUAUGGACAACCUGACCAAGCUGGCUGGCGAUCUCGAGAAGUUCUACUUGCAGCGUACGUCGGCUGAUCUGUCGCCAGGCGUUGGAAGGGCCUUGUUUGCCCGACUAGCAGCCCAGUUUGACACUGAUCCGCUGGAGAGCGUGACGAGUGCAGAGCUGCUUUCCUCUGGCCUUGUACGAUCGCUAAUGGAAGUCUUGAGCAAUCCUGACGAAGACUUGGCUCGUCUGGCGCAGUCAACCUUUUUGGAAGUAUUCAUGGGCAAGAGCAUCAAGUCCAAGUCAAAGACGGCGACGGCUGAGUCUCCAGUCACGCCUUUCAGCAUGAUGAUCCAUAAACUGCAAGACUUGCUCAGUAGGUCUGAGCACUAUGAAGUUGUCACUGUUCAUCACAAUACCUUUGACGGCAAUCGCACUAGUCCAGCUUCAAUGCUCGGCAAACAAAUUCGACUUCGUCUUGAGGCCGACGAUGACUCAAAUAUUCCUCGUCCGUAUAGAAACAUAAUGGUUUCUAUACAUGCGAUUGCCACAUUCAGGUCUCUUGAUGAUUACCUACGCCCACGCAUCAGUCUUUCUGAGCGCCCUCGUAUUGCAAGACGUGACGGGAUCACACAGGCUCUUGCCGCGAUGGCUGGACUCCCUCUUGGUGGUACUCCAGGCUCACGCCUCGCUGACAGCUCUCCGUUUUCUCCUGGAUCAGUACCGCCCCCUCCUCCUCUAGCCGGGAUGUCGCCCGGCACACCUCACUUGCGACGCGCGGUCAGCAGCAAGCCACCACGCCACCCUACCACUCCAACGAGUGCUGACCAGACCGCGGGGCCUUCGCGCUCUGGAAAGAGCUUGAGGAGAUCCUCCCGUCGCCAGGCGACAUCAUCAGACCCUCGCUCUCCUGCUAAACCCGCCCGUGAUGAGGACGAGGCUGAACAAAGCAACUUGGAGUGUGCUGAUGAAAAGCAAAUCAGUGAGGAUGACGAAGACAUUGCCGACAGCAGCGCUCUGGAUGCCAUCGUUGGCGAGCUUCAGGAUAUGGACGAAGAGCCAGUUGUCCCUACCACCAAUGAUCCUUCCGCUAUUGACUUUGAGGUUGCCCCGACUGGAGGUGUGACAGCUCGCAAGGAGGAUGGUACCAAGAUUGCUACCCCCUCGAGUGAAGAUAAGCGUCCAGCUCGGCAGAAGCAUACCGCGUUAACUUCUACGCCGGCUGGUUCAUCACGACCUAUGUCGUAUGCGUCGGCUCUACAAUCUGUACCCCAGGACUGGCACAUUGAGUUUACUCUCGAUGACAAGGUGAUCUCCAACGAGACGACGAUUUACCGCGCGAUAUUCAUGUCUGCCACCAAGACAGAGGAUCAGCUCAUAAGCCGCAGUAUUUGGUCUGCCACUCAUCCCAUCAAAUUUAAACGGGUUCCUGGCCCGCCGGCGGUUGAACCUACAUCGGUCACCACAAACACCGAGGCAGAGUCCGAAUCCCCAGAUGGUAUUCCGGCGUCGCUUGCCAAGAACCCCACUACAGCUUCCAUCUUGCGUCUACUCAAUAUUCUGCACGAGCUCAACGAGAAUAUCGAAGACGUCUUAAUCACAAACGACCACCAGACUGUCAGCCUCAACGUUGAACCACCCUCUCAAUUUGUCAGCACAAAGCUGACAGCCAAACUCAACCGCCAACUGGAAGAGCCACUUAUCGUUGCAAGCAGCUGCCUGCCUAGCUGGUCAGAGGACCUUGCUCGACUCUACCCCUUUUUGUUUCCGUUCGAGACGCGUCAUCUAUUCCUCCAGUCUACUUCGUUUGGUUAUGCCCGGUCGAUGGCAAGAUGGCAGAAUGCGCAGGCCGAGGAUAAUCGACGGGACCGGCACAAUGAACGCCCUUUCCUGGGCCGAUUACAAAGGCAAAAGGUCCGAAUCUCUCGCCUCAAGAUUCUCGAGUCGGCUCUCAAGGUCAUGGAGCUAUAUGGUGCUUCACAGAGCAUACUCGAGGUUGAAUACUUCGAAGAAGUCGGCACUGGUCUUGGACCAACCUUGGAAUUCUACUCGACCGUUUCCAAGGAAUUCGCCAAGAAGAAGCUCCGUCUUUGGCGUGACAUUGAUAGCCCUGGUUCCGACGAGUUCGUGUCUGGUCCAUCUGGACUGUUCCCUCGACCACUGAGUGCAGAAGAGUUGGGCACACCUAACGGAGAGCGCAUUUUGCACUUGUUCAAGAUGCUUGGAAAGUUUAUUGCACGCUCCAUGAUUGACUCGCGCAUCAUUGACAUUCACUUUAACCCGAUUUUCUUCCGUAUUAGCGAUGCUGCGGCAGCAGGUGUGAAGCCGUCUCUAGGCGCCGUCAAGGUGGUUGACCCCGGUCUGGCAAGGUCACUCAAGGCAAUCAAGAAGUACUCUAUCGCCAAGAAGGCAAUUGAUGAAGACCCAAACCGAACGCCCGCGCAAAAGGUCGCUGAUACUGAGAACAUCUGCAUUGAUGGCGUACGCUUGGAUGACUUGUGCCUUGACUUUACGCUUCCCGGUUAUCCUGGCAUCGAGCUGGAAACAAAUGGGUCACAAAAGCGCGUGACAAUCGACAAUGUUGAUGCCUACCUGGACAAGGUUAUCGACAUGACUCUCGGCUCGGGUGUGCGCGCUCAAGUUGAUGCUUUUGGAGCUGGCUUCUCUCAGGUCUUCCCGUAUUCCGCAUUGAGCGCCUUCACUCCUGCUGAGCUGGUUGCACUCUUUGGUAAAGUCAAUGAGGACUGGUCGCUCGAAACUCUCACGGACUCCAUCAAAGCCGAUCACGGAUUCAACAUGGACAGUCGCAGCGUGAAGAAUUUAUUGCAGGUCAUGAGCGAGUUUGCUCUCAGCGAACGCCGUGAAUUUCUCCAGUUCAUCACUGGAAGCCCGAAGCUCCCUAUCGGCGGCUUUCGCAGUCUCACUCCCAUGUUCACUGUCGUUUGCAAACCAAGCGAGCAUCCAUACACUUCGGACGACUAUUUGCCGAGUGUAAUGACUUGUGUCAAUUAUCUCAAGCUACCCGACUAUACCGACCACGACACCAUGAGAAGGCGGCUACUAACCGCCAUGAAGGAGGGCCAAGGAGCUUUCCAUCUUUCUUAA